AUGACUUCAACAGCUAAAGAAGAGACUGACAAGGAUGAUAAUAAGAGGAAACUAAGGUCUAAGGAUGAAAAUCAAAAGGGUUCUAAUGCCACUCUUUUCAAUUUUGAAAAUGUGAAUAGUUUAUUAUAUAGAGGUAAAUCAAUUCAUAUCAGUAAGGAUACUUCAUUCCAUCAUCCUUAUAGUUAUAAUGGAGAUAUUCAAUUGGUGCCGAAGGUAACUAAUUCAAAACUGAUAGAAGUACAAAUCAGUACUAACUUAUUACCUCGAAAAUCAAGACAAAUCGAUCCUUUAGAUGAUAGUUUAUACGAAAUCUUUCAUAAGAAAAUGAAAAGAGAAGAAAAGAUCAUGGCCAAUGAAGAUAGGAUUAGAAUACUAUCAGAAGUAGAUAAUCUCCAAUCUCAAUUACAAUUGCUUAAUCAAUAUGAUUGGUUGCGAUAUUUACCUGGAAUAUGUUAUAUCAAUAAUCCUCAUGAUUAUGAUGAACUUGAAAUAAAAUUAGAUUUAACUAUAACUGAAAUAACUAAAUUAAUUCGAAAAUAUGAAAAUUGGAGAAGAAGAAAUGAGAAUUUAAGUCAGGAAAUCAAACAAUUCGAUUUGAAUGGUAGUCAUGAUUAUGAUGAAGAUGAUGAAUAUACUGCAAAUGCUGAUAUUAUACGAGAGAGAAGAAGAAAAGAACGAAGAAGAUUAUUGACUCCCCGUAUAAAAUUAAAACUUCACAAUGGAUUUACUUUAGUGAUAGAUCCUUUAAAUCCUCCUGUUGUGGUACCAUCAAUAGAAUUAGAACCUCAACCAAAACCAAAACCAACUCCAAAAAAGAAAUCAUCAGUAAAGAGUAAUGGUAUAAAAGUUAAGAAAGUAACUAAACCAGAUAUGAUCAAAUCAGACACUCAUAAACCAAGAAUACAAUCUUUCAAAUUAGCUGAAAUAACAGAUAAAGAUAUAAUCCACCUUCUGGCAAAUUAUGAAAAGGAAAUUGCCUUUGGUAAUUUCAUUCGUAUCUCUAAUAUAGCGAAAGAUGGAUUUCAAUUACCUCGUCAAUUAAAACGACUAGCAGAGAAAUCAGAAGAUGAUCGUCAAAAUUUACUGCAUCAUAGUACGAGUUCAGAUAUACCGAGUUCAGAAACAAAUGAAGUAGUUUCCUUAAUUACUGAAACUGAUGAAGUUAUAUCCUUAAUUACAGAAACUACUGAAACUUCUCAACUUUCUGAACAUGAUAGCACUAAUAAUCUUACAUCAACUUAG